AUGCGCAACUGGCUAUCCAACUCCAGUGCCGUCGUCGAAAGCUUGCACGAAAAUCACACGAAGGAGAAGAACAUGAGUUUUUCCGCAGAGAUGGCCACAGAAAAGGUGCUUGGAAUGUGGUGGGAUACCACAAUUGAUACGUUCACAUUCAAGUUGUCACCUAAGCACGAUGUGGAGCUACUCUCUGGUGCCAGAAUACCUUCAAAACGUGAAGUUCUGAGGACGUUGAUGGCAAUAUAUGAUCCGAUGGGACUCAUCGCCAAUUUUCUCAUCCACUUAAAGAUCCUGCUGCAGGAAAUUUGGCGCUCCGGGUGCGGUUGGGACGACGAGAUCAGUGGCAAGCUAGUCGAGAAAUGGAUCACAUGGAUCGAAGCGUUUUCGAAUGUUCGUCAAGUCAGCAUUCCUCGUUGCUACCGAGUUAUAACGUCCGCCGCGUCGACGAAUAGGGUAGAAUUGCACAUAUUCUGUGAUGCUAGCGAGAAUGGAAUAGCUGCCGUAUCAUACUUCAGCCCGCUGCACAAACUGAAUCCGAUCAUCAAUGAGCACGGUGUCUUGCGAAUGCGAGGACGUAUAAAUGCCUGCGAUUGGGUUGAUGAAGCCACCAAAAACCCGAUCUUGCUUCCGAGGAAAAACUACGUGACUCAGUUGGUGAUCGCCGACUAUCACGCAACUUACAGACAUCAAAAUCACCACACAGCGUUGAAUCAGAUCCGAUUAAAGUAUUACAUAUCCCGUCUCAGAUCAGAGUUUGAUCAAGUCCGUAGAAGAUGCCAACGAUGCAAGAUUUUUAAAGCAAAUCCACAGCCACCAGCAAUGGGAAACCUUCCGUCUGCCCGGUUGGCAGCCUUCCAGCGACCAUUCUCUUACACUGGAGUCGACUAUUUUGGGCCGAUGUUAGUGCUAGUUGGCAGACGAACUGAGAAAAGAUGGGGAGUCCUGCUUACCUGCAUGACGACCAGAGGCGUGCACAUCGAAAUCGCACAUUCGUUGUCGACCGAUUCGUGCAUUUUAGCUCUACGUAACUUCAUAGCAAGAAGAGGACCGCCGCUGGAAUUCAUAAGCGACCGAGGUACGAACUUCAUAGGAGCUUCCCGGGAGCUGCGCGAAGCCCUCAAGCAUGUCGACGAGGAGAAACUUAAGAUAGAGUUCGUCAGUCCUGUCACCAAGUGGACCUUCAAUCCACCAGCCGCCCCGCACUUUGGCGGCUGUUGGGAGCGUUUGAUCCAGUCUGUAAAGCGCACCAUGAAAGAUUUCGACCUUCCGCGUUUGCCAUCGGAUGAGAUUCUUCGCUCCACAUUGAUGGAGAUAGAGAUGAUUCUGAAUUCAAGACCGCUUACUGACAUACCAUUGAAUACCGACACUGAACCCCCUCUAACACCAAAUCACUCCCUGUUAGGGUCUGCUGAUGGGAAUAAGCCCCCGAUCAUUUUCGAUGACAAACCUUCUGUACUAAAGCAAUCGUGGAAGAUGGCCCAGCUGUACGCCGAUAACUUCUGGAAGAAAUGGGUGGUCGAAUAUUUGCCCACAUUGACGCGUAGGACAAAAUGGUUCCAACCCAUCAAACCCAUCCAAAAGGGUGAUCUAGCGUUGAUUGUAGAUGCGAAACUUCCAAGGAAUUGUUGGCCAAGAGGACGAGUGAUCGAAGCGAUCCAAGCCGAAGACGGACAGGUCCGUCGUGUAACCGUGCAAACAGGAACUGGACUGAUGGAAAGGCCAGCGGUCAAGGUUGCUGUAUUAGACGUCGGUGCAACAGGAGGUAAGCCAGCUGAACAACAGUGA